CUUUAUUGGUCCCCACCGCUGUUUAAUUUUUGUCCUCAGAUCAGUCAUGAUGAAGUCAAACCCUAGUAAAUCUAAAUCCAGAUCUCUGUCUGGGAAAUCCAUACCCUCCGUCCCUCGCCGCCCAGACGACGCGUUUGUCCCCGAAAGAUCCAAAGACAGAAGGCCCCCCUCAGGAUCCACUGUUCCUAACGCCCCUGUGUUUGACCCCGCCCUCCUUCCGAAAAGGCUAUAUGCAACCGAUUGCUACCCUCCGCUUGGUCGUAUUAAUUCUUACUCCAAGCCAGAGUAUCUGCUUGAUCUCGCUGAUAUCUUAGAAGCCGACAUCUUGAAGUCGCAAAAACCUCUCAUCCCCAAACCAAAGAAGACUUACUGGGAUACCCUCUUUGGUAAAGACAGACCUGCUGUCCUUAUCAAAGAUAUUGUUGAGUGGUUGAGGGCGGAUAAGAAUCUUCCACCUGCAAAGAGAAUGGAAGAGUGGAGAAGGCUGCGUCUUGCCCUCAUCGUCAUUGUUGAUGGUAUCAUUAUCUGCAGUUCCCAACCCGUAAAAGCUUCCGAGCAAGUUGUCGAAAUGGUCAGGCAUUUGGAGACUUUUGAACUGUUUCCUUGGGGCCGUGAGUCAUUCCUCCUCACCAUGCGUAUGGUUAAAGUUAGUAACAAAGUCAAAAGUCGGAGUGAUCUCAUUUCUAAGUUCAAUCAGUCUCAUUCCUCAACCCACGGGUUCACUAUUGCCUUCCAAUUACUCAUGUUCAAGGCCAUCCCAGCCCUGGAAAAAUAUCUUCCAGAUGAUGAUGAUGAACAGACCUUCGCUGACCGGUCUGUCCUCCAGUUAGCACCGUUGAAAACUUUCCACAACUCCAACAUCAUGGAAACUGAGCAAAUCGCUGGUUUGGAUAUUGCACCACUGUUGCAGUGGGAUGGUGAUGGACGAAAUUUCGAUUGGGUUGACGAAGUUGCUGACCCAGCCCUGGAUUAUAUGGAAAGGCUUAUAGGGAGUCGUUUUAAUUUCACGAAGGAUGUAUGGAGUGGUGGUUAUUCUAAAUGGCCUCAAAUUAUGGUAGAUGAGAAGGGCCACGAAGAAAAGGUUUCGAGGCCAAGAAAGGCGCCUGCCAAGCGCCCACCCAAAACAACUGAUAUCCCUGGGUCCUCCCGAGGAAAAGAGAAAGUUGAUGAAGAGUCUCAUCCUUCAGGUGAUGAUCAUGGGGGACAGGGACAGAAUAUCCUUCACGCGCUUAUCAUCGAACAAGUUGAACAAAGAAUCCGUGACGUUAGGACGGAAUUGAAGAUUGAAUUUUACGAUGAAAUCAGAAGGGUGGUUGAUAUUGAUAAGAAGCUGAUGAAAGAUGAACUUUUAGAUGAGAUCAUAAGCAACCUGCGGUAUGGCGGAAAGUUUCCUGGCAGUCCCAAAGGGACAAAUACAACUGCUGCUACGAAGAGUCCCAAAGGGACAGAUACAACUCCUGCUUCGAAGAGUCCAAAAGGGACAGAUACAACUCCUCCUGCUACGAAGAGUCCCAAAGGGACAGAGAAAACUCCUGCUACGAAUAGUCCAAGAGGAGCCGAGAAGUCUCCUCCUACGAAAAGUCCCAGAGGAGGCGAGAAUUCUCCUCUUUCGGAUGAUUGGGACAACAAUCAGCCUAACCCACCCUCUCCAGGAAGUUCUAAGGUCAAGGACAACAACGGAAAAAACAGUGCCAAGGACAAGAAUGCAUCACCUGUCCCUAACCAUCCAUCCUCCUCUGCUUUUGUAAGUAACGAGAUGAAGGGGAAGGACCACAGCCAACUUUUGGAUGAGUUGGAAAGGACAGCGUGGAUCCCUUACGGAGGAGUAACUGAUGUGCUAAAUAGUCUAAACCCCUCCUCCUCUAAUUUGCAUCAAGAUCACAAUCCAAACCUUUUUUCUACUCCCCUGGAAGCGUUCAUUGAUGAACCAGCAGAAGGAGACGAGACUGUUCCAGAGGGAGACGAGACUGUUCAGGUCCCCAUUGUAGAAAAAGGUUAUGGUGGCGAAGAAAAAGUUGAUGCUGCCCUGGAGGAAGAAGAUUUAAAUCAGAGGCUUGAUGAGGACGACGCUGAGGGAACAAAGUUGACUGAAGAAGCUCUAGAACCCAAUGCCAAUAGUGAGGACGAAGACAACAACAAUGAUGGUGGCAACUCUGAAGGCGAGGACGAGGACAGCGAUACUGCUAGUGGUGGUGGCAGUCCUGAGGACAUGGCUGUAGAAGACGAUCAAGUUGACGAGGACCAAAACGUUGAACCUGAAGAUGAUCACGAUUCUGGCGAUGAGGAUGCAUCUAUCAAAGGAGUAGGGACUAGUGUAGGGACUAGUCCUGUUGUUGAAGAUUCUCCCGGAAAGAAAAGAAAAUGUACCAGUGAAGUUGAGACAGGGGAUUCUUCACAUCAUGUGCUCCCUUCGAAAAGGCAAAGGAAAAAACCCCAGCGUUUCCUUGACACUCCUCCAAUCAAAGAAGUUCAGGGGACAAGUAGUUUUGUUCAACUGCCUUCAGAGGUCCUCUACCCAUUCGUCAAAGUAAAUGAUGAUUUGCGAAAAAAGUUCAUGUCCUCACUCAAAGCUUAUCGUCAGAAGGAGUACUUACUCGAUGGCCAUCUUGUCCCCCGUUCCUUUUUUAGAGAUCUGCACACUUCUCACCAACCUGUCCACCAGGAGCACGUUGAUGCCAUGCUUAGUCUCCUAUGGCGGAAGUUGGGGGAUUCUUUUGUCGAGAGUAGGGCUGCUCUAUUGGAUACAUGGUUUUCUGUGAACGUUUGCGAGAUGUUUGCUCGUUUCAAGAAGUCAAAAAACAAAUCGGACUGGGUGUGGAGCAGUAAGUUUAAGGACUAUGUUGUCAGGGGUAUUGUCCCCGGGCGCUACACCAGGCAGGCUUGGUUGACAGAUGUCGAUACUCUGUAUGCCCCUUUCCAUCUGGCCGAUGGUCACUGGGUCUCGCUUGUCAUUGACCUGAAAGAGUAUUCAAUCGCUAUCCUCGACUCCAAUGUGGGCGGCACAUCAGAGGCCAAACAGAUGGACAACAUGAUAAAACCUCUGUCUGUGAUUCUCCCGUCUCUAAUCAAGGAUCUGGUCCCCCAGAAUAUCAUCCAGACCCCAGUGCCCAAGGAAUUCGUAGUUGAGAGAAUGCCUGAAAUAUUCCAAAGCGAGGAUGUCGGGGACAGCGGCCCUCUUUCUGUUAAGUUUAUUGAGCUCCAUCUUCAAGCAAUCAGCCAUGAUGUCAUUACAGAGGAAAUGGUGGCGAAUAUGCGGCUGAGAUUCGCUGUCGACAUCUAUGAAGAACCAAUGGGCCUCCAUAGUUAUAGCCAGCCAUCGUCUUCUUCCCGAGAUUCUCUUGGUUCUUAUGGUCCUGUUUACGCCUCCUCGCCUCCGCCCUUGUCCAUUUCCAACAAUCCUGCCAGCCUUGGUAUUCCUAAAAUGUGUUUCUGUGGAGGGCCUGUCCAUCUUGCGAAUUCCAUCACUGAAGCUGAUCCCGGUAGGCGGUUCUAUCAGUGCGUGAUGAGACAUGGCCCAGGCCGCCAUAUUUUCAAAUGGUUGGACGAAGCUUUGAUGGACGAGAUUUCUGCUAUAAGAAGCUCAAUCAGGGAACAGGAUGAACACCUCAAGUACUUAACUACCGCCCCUAAUGGUGACCGCAUUGACCCUCCAUCGAUGUGGAUCGUUUCGAGCUUUUCCAGCAAACCAUUAAUGGUCUUGAGUAUAAUGUUCGUGCUCUACAACGCGCCCCUCGUAACAUUGUCGACGUCGUUCGUUCAUGUCCUCACAACCUCUAUGUCGUCCUCGCGAUUAUUGUCCCCAUAGCCGCUUUCUUGCUUGGAACUUAUAUAUAGCGGUCAGAGCUUUAAUAGCUCUUUUUUAUCUAUCGGCUUUACUGUCCCCAAAAUGUCAACUUUCUUAUUGUCUAUCAAGGUCUAUCGGCUUUUAUUUUGUAUUUUUGUUGUUGUACUCGGAUCUACUAGUUAUGUAAUAUUUUUAGAUUUGCUUAUGAACUCAGCAAUCUACCUAAAU